AUGACGUCCAUCCAUUUCGUGGUUCACCCGCUGCCGGGCACUGAGGACCAGCUCAAUGACAGGUUACGAGAAGUUUCAGAGAAACUGAACAAAUACAAUUUAAACAGCCAUCCCCCUUUGAAUGUAUUGGAGCAGGCUACUAUUAAACAGUGUGUGGUGGGACCAAAUCACGCUGCCUUCCUUCUUGAGGAUGGUAGAGUUUGCAGGAUUGGUUUUUCAGUACAGCCAGACCGAUUGGAAUUGGGUAAACCUGACAAUAAUGAUGGGUCAAAGUUGAAUAGCAGCUCUGGGGCAGGGAGGACGUCGAGACCUGGUAGGACAAGUGACUCCCCGUGGUUUCUCUCAGGUUCUGAGACUCUGGGCAGGCUGGCUGGCAACACCCUGGGAAGUCGCUGGAGUUCUGGAGUGGGUGGAAGUGGAGGAGGAUCCUCUGGUAGGUCAUCAGCUGGAGCGCGAGAUUCUCGCCGACAGACUCGAGUAAUUCGAACGGGACGGGAUCGAGGAUCUGGGCUUCUGGGCAGCCAGCCCCAGCCAGUUAUCCCAGCAUCUGUGAUUCCAGAGGAGCUGAUUUCACAGGCCCAAGUUGUUUUGCAAGGCAAAUCCAGAAGUGUCAUUAUUCGAGAACUUCAGCGCACAAAUCUUGAUGUAAACCUUGCUGUAAAUAAUUUACUUAGCCGGGAUGAUGAAGAUGGAGAUGAUGGUGAUGAUACAGCCAGUGAAUCUUAUUUGCCUGGAGAGGAUCUUAUGUCUCUUCUUGAUGCUGACAUUCAUUCUGCCCACCCAAGUGUCAUUAUCGAUGCAGACGCCAUGUUUUCUGAAGACAUUAGCUAUUUUGGUUACCCUUCUUUUCGUCGGUCGUCACUUUCCAGGCUAGGCUCAUCUCGAGUUCUCCUUCUUCCCUUAGAGAGAGACUCUGAGCUGUUGCGUGAACGUGAAUCCGUUUUACGUUUACGUGAGCGAAGGUGGCUUGAUGGAGCCUCAUUUGAUAAUGAAAGGGGCUCUACCAGCAAGGAAGGAGAGCCAAACUUGGAUAAGAAGAAUACGCCUGUUCAAAGUCCCGUGUCUCUUGGAGAAGAUUUGCAGUGGUGGCCUGAUAAGGAUGGAACAAAAUUCAUUUGUAUUGGGGCUCUAUAUUCUGAGCUUUUGGCUGUCAGCAGUAAAGGAGAACUUUAUCAGUGGAAGUGGAGUGAAUCUGAGCCUUACAGAAAUACACAGAAUCCUUCCUUACAUCACCCACGAGCAACAUUUUUGGGGCUAACCAAUGAAAAGAUAGUUCUCCUGUCUGCAAAUAGCAUAAGAGCAACUGUAGCUACAGAAAAUAACAAGGUUGCUACCUGGGUGGAUGAAACUUUAAGUUCCGUGGCUUCUAAAUUAGAGCACACUGCCCAGACUUACUCAGAACUUCAGGGUGAACGGAUUGUUUCUUUACAUUGCUGUGCCCUGUAUACGUGUGCACAGCUGGAGAACAAUUUAUACUGGUGGGGUGUAGUGCCUUUUAGUCAAAGGAAAAAAAUGUUGGAGAAAGCUAGAGCAAAAAACAAAAAGCCCAAAUCUAGUGCUGGUAUUUCUUCAAUGCCGAACAUCACUGUUGGUACCCAGGUAUGCUUAAGAAAUAAUCCUCUCUAUCAUGCUGGAGCAGUUGCGUUUUCAAUUAGUGCUGGGAUUCCUAAAGUUGGUGUCUUAAUGGAGUCGGUUUGGAAUAUGAAUGAUAGCUGUAGAUUUCAGCUUAGAUCUCCUGAGAGCUUGAAAAGCAUGGACAAAGCUAGCAAAACUACUGAAGCUAAUAAGCCUGAAAGUAAGCAGGAACCAGUGAAAACAGAAAUGGGUCCCCCACCAUCUCCAGCAUCUACAUGCAGUGAUGCAUCUUCCAUUGCCAGCAGUGCAUCGAUGCCAUAUAAACGACGACGGUCCACCCCCGCCCCCAAAGAGGAGGAAAAGGUGAACGAAGAGCAGUGGUCUCUUCGGGAAGUCGUUUUUGUGGAAGAUGUUAAGAAUGUUCCUGUGGGCAAGGUGCUAAAAGUGGAUGGAGCCUAUGUUGCUGUAAAAUUUCCAGGAACAUCCAGCAAUACCAACUGUCAGAGCAACUCUGGUUCAGAUGCUGACCCUUCUUCUCUCCUGCAGGAUUGUAGGUUACUUAGAAUUGAUGAACUGCAGGUUGUCAAAACUGGUGGAACACCAAAAGUUCCCGACUGCUUCCAAAGGACUCCUAAGAAGCUUUGUAUACCUGAGAAGACAGAAAUAUUAGCAGUGAAUGUGGAUUCCAAAGGUGUGCAUGCUGUUUUGAAGACUGGAAAUUGGGUACGGUACUGUAUCUUUGAUCUUGCCACAGGAAAAGCCGAACAGGAGAAUAAUUUCCCUACAAGCAGCAUUGCUUUCCUUGGUCAGAACGAGAGGAAUGUAGCCAUUUUCACUGCUGGACAGGAGUCUCCUAUUAUUCUUCGAGAUGGAAAUGGUACUAUCUACCCAAUGGCUAAAGAUUGCAUGGGAGGAAUAAGGGACCCCGAUUGGCUUGAUCUUCCACCUAUUAGUAGUCUUGGAAUGGGUGUACAUUCUUUAAUAAAUCUUCCUGCCAAUUCAACAAUCAAAAAGAAAGCUGCCGUCAUCAUCAUGGCUGUAGAGAAACAAACCCUGAUGCAGCACAUCCUGCGCUGUGACUACGAGGCCUGUCGACAGUAUCUUAUGAAUCUUGAGCAGGCAGUGGUUUUAGAGCAGAACCUACAGGUGCUGCAGACGUUCAUCAGCCACAGAUGUGAUGGAAAUCGAAACAUUUUGCACGCUUGUGUGUCUGUUUGCUUUCCAACCAGCAAUAAGGAAACUAAAGAAGAAGAGGAAGCAGAGCGCUCUGAAAGAAACACAUUUGCAGAAAGACUUUCUGCUGUUGAGGCCAUUGCAAAUGCAAUAUCAGUUGUUUCAAGUAAUGGCCCAGGUAAUCGGGCUGGAUCAUCAAGUAGCCGAAGUUUGAGAUUACGGGAAAUGAUGAGACGUUCAUUGAGAGCAGCUGGUUUGGGUAGACAUGAAGCUGGCGCUUCAUCCAGUGACCACCAAGAUCCAGUUUCACCCCCCAUAGCUCCCCCUAGUUGGGUUCCUGACCCUCCUGCAAUGGAUCCUGAUGGUGACAUUGAUUUUAUCCUGGCCCCUGCUGUGGGAUCUCUUACCACAGCAGCGACUGGCACCGGUCAAGGACCAAGCACCUCCACCAUUCCAGGUCCUUCCACGGAGCCGGCUGUAGUAGAAUCCAAGGAUCGAAAGGCCAAUGCUCAUUUUAUAUUAAAAUUGUUAUGUGAUAGUGUUGUUCUGCAGCCCUAUCUUCGAGAACUGCUCUCUGCCAAGGAUGCAAGAGGUAUGACCCCAUUUAUGUCUGCUGUAAGUGGCCGAGCUUAUCCUGCUGCAAUUACCAUUUUAGAAACAGCCCAGAAAAUUGCAAAAGCUGAAGUAUCCUCAAGUGAAAAGGAGGAAGAUGUAUUCAUGGGCAUGGUUUGCCCAUCAGGUACCAACCCUGAUGACUCUCCUUUAUAUGUCUUAUGUUGUAAUGAUACCUGCAGUUUUACCUGGACUGGAGCGGAGCACAUUAACCAGGAUAUUUUUGAGUGUCGUACUUGUGGCUUGUUGGAGUCGCUCUGUUGUUGUACGGAAUGUGCAAGGGUUUGUCAUAAAGGUCAUGAUUGCAAACUUAAACGGACAUCACCGACAGCCUAUUGUGAUUGUUGGGAGAAAUGUAAAUGUAAAACUCUAAUUGCUGGACAGAAAUCUGCUCGUCUUGAUCUACUUUAUCGCCUGCUCACUGCUACUAAUUUGGUCACUCUGCCAAAUAGCAGAGGAGAGCACCUCUUACUCUUUUUAGUGCAGACAGUUGCGAGGCAGACGGUAGAGCACUGCCAGUACAGACCUCCUCGAAUCAGGGAGGAUCGUAACCGGAAAACAGCCAGUCCUGAAGAUUCGGAUAUGCCUGAUCAUGAUUUAGAGCCACCAAGAUUUGCCCAGCUUGCUUUGGAGCGUGUUCUGCAGGACUGGAAUGCUUUGAAAUCUAUGAUUAUGUUCGGAUCACAGGAGAAUAAAGACCCUCUCAGUGCCAGCAGCAGGAUAGGCCAUCUUUUGCCAGAGGAGCAAGUGUACCUCAAUCAACAAAGUGGCACAAUUCGGUUGGACUGUUUCACUCACUGCCUUAUAGUCAAGUGUACAGCAGACAUUUUGCUUCUAGAUACUCUGCUAGGUACACUAGUGAAAGAACUCCAGAACAAGUACACACCGGGACGAAGAGAAGAAGCUAUUGCUGUGACGAUGAGGUUUUUGCGAUCAGUUGCAAGAGUUUUUGUCAUUCUCAGUGUGGAAAUGGCUUCAUCUAAAAAGAAAAACAACUUUAUUCCACAGCCAAUAGGAAAAUGUAAACGUGUAUUCCAAGCACUGCUGCCUUAUGCAGUAGAAGAACUGUGCAAUGUAGCAGAAUCACUGAUUGUUCCUGUCAGAAUGGGUAUUGCUCGUCCAACUGCCCCUUUUACUCUGGCAAGUACCAGCAUAGAUGCCAUGCAGGGCAGCGAGGAAUUAUUUUCUGUGGAACCUCUGCCACCACGGCCAUCAUCUGAUCAGUCUAGCAGCUCCAGUCAGUCGCAGUCGUCCUACAUCAUCCGGAACCCACAGCAGAGGCGCAUCAGCCAGUCACAGCCUGUUCGCGGCCGCGAUGAAGAACAGGAUGAUAUUGUUUCAGCAGAUGUGGAAGAGGUUGAGGUGGUGGAGGGUGUGGCUGGAGAAGAGGAUCACCAUGACGAACAGGAAGAACAUGGGGAAGAAAAUGCUGAGGCAGAGGGGCAGCAUGAUGAGCAUGAUGAAGACGGGAGUGACAUGGAGCUGGACUUGUUAGCAGCAGCUGAAACAGAAAGUGACAGUGAAAGUAACCAUAGCAACCAAGAUAAUGCUAGUGGGCGUAGAAGUGUUGUCACUGCAGCAACUGCUGGCUCAGAAGCAGGUGCGAGCAGUGUUCCUGCCUUCUUUUCUGAAGAUGACUCGCAAUCAAAUGACUCAAGUGAUUCUGAUAGCAGCAGUAGUCAGAGUGACGACAUAGAACAAGAGACAUUUAUGCUUGAUGAGCCGUUGGAGAGAACCACAAAUAGCUCACAUGCCAAUGGUGCUGCCCAAGCUCCUCGGUCCAUGCAGUGGGCUGUCCGCAACACCCAGCACCAGCGGGCAGCUAGCACAGCGCCUUCCAGCACAUCCACGCCAGCAGGCAAUUCAGCGGGUUUGAUUUAUAUCGAUCCUUCCAACCUACGCCGGAGCGGUACCAUCAGCACAAGUGCUGCCGCUGCAGCAGCUGCUUUGGAGGCCAGCAAUGCCAGCAGCUACUUAACAUCUGCAAGCAGUUUAGCCAGGGCCUAUAGCAUUGUCAUCAGACAAAUCUCGGACUUGAUGGGCCUUAUUCCUAAAUAUAAUCACCUAGUUUACUCUCAGAUUCCAGCAGCUGUGAAAUUGACUUACCAAGAUGCAGUAAAUUUACAGAACUAUGUAGAAGAAAAGCUUAUUCCCACUUGGAACUGGAUGGUCAGUAUUAUGGAUUCUACUGAAGCUCAAUUACGUUAUGGUUCUGCAUUAGCAUCUGCUGGUGAUCCAGGACAUCCCAAUCACCCUCUCCACGCUUCUCAGAAUUCAGCUCGAAGAGAAAGGAUGACCGCACGAGAAGAGGCUAGUUUACGAACCCUUGAAGGCAGACGACGUGCCACAUUGCUUAGUGCCCGUCAGGGAAUGAUGUCUGCUCGAGGCGACUUCCUCAAUUAUGCUCUGUCUUUAAUGAGGUCUCAUAAUGAUGAGCAUUCCGAUGUUCUUCCAGUUUUGGAUGUUUGCUCACUGAAGCAUGUGGCAUAUGUUUUUCAAGCACUUAUAUAUUGGAUUAAAGCGAUGAAUCAGCAGACAACAUUGGAUACACCUCAGCUGGAACGCAAAAGGACUCGAGAGCUCUUGGAACUUGGUAUUGAUAAUGAAGAUUCAGAACAUGAAAAUGAUGAUGACACCAAUCAAAGUGCUACUUUGAAUGAUAAGGAUGAUGACUCUCUUCCCGCAGAAACUGGCCAAAGCCAUCCGUUUUUCCGGCGCUCAGACUCCAUGACGUUCCUUGGGUGUAUACCCCCAAAUCCCUUUGAAGUGCCUCUGGCUGAAGCCAUCCCCUUGGCUGAUCAGCCACAUCUGUUGCAGCCAAAUGCUAGAAAGGAGGAUCUUUUUGGCCGCCCAAGUCAGGGUCUUUAUUCUUCAUCUGCCAGCAGUGGGAAAUGCUUAAUGGAGGUUACAGUGGAUAGAAACUGCCUUGAGGUUCUUCCAACUAAAAUGUCUUAUGCUGCCAAUUUGAAAAAUGUAAUGAACAUGCAAAAUCGUCAAAAAAAGGAAGGAGAAGAACAGAAUGUGGUGCCAGAGGAAGCUGAGAGUUCAAAGCCAGGCCCAUCUGCUCAUGACCUCGCGGCACAGUUGAAAAGCAGUUUACUGGCAGAAAUAGGACUGACUGAAAGUGAAGGGCCACCUCUUACAUCUUUCAGGCCACAGUGUAGCUUCAUGGGAAUGGUAAUUUCCCAUGAUAUGCUGCUAGGACGUUGGCGCCUUUCUUUAGAACUGUUUGGCCGGGUGUUCAUGGAAGAUGUUGGAGCAGAACCUGGAUCAAUCCUAACUGAAUUGGGUGGUUUUGAGGUAAAAGAAUCAAAAUUCCGUAGAGAAAUGGAAAAACUGAGAAAUCAGCAGUCAAGAGAUUUAUCACUAGAGGUUGAUCGGGAUAGAGAUCUUCUUAUUCAGCAGACCAUGAGGCAACUUAACAAUCACUUUGGUCGAAGAUGUGCUACUACACCUAUGGCUGUACACAGAGUAAAAGUUACAUUUAAGGAUGAACCAGGAGAGGGCAGUGGUGUAGCACGAAGCUUUUAUACAGCCAUUGCACAAGCUUUUUUGUCAAAUGAAAAACUGCCAAAUUUAGAUUGUAUUCAAAAUGCCAACAAAGGCACUCAUACAAGUUUAAUGCAGAGAUUAAGGAACAGAGGAGAGAGGGAUCGGGAAAGAGAGAGAGAAAGGGAAAUGAGGAGGAGCAGCGGCUUGCGAGCGGGUUCUCGGAGAGACCGGGAUAGGGAUUUUAGAAGACAGCUUUCCAUAGACACUAGGCCCUUCAGACCAGCCUCUGAAGGAAAUCCUAGUGACGAUCCUGACCCUCUGCCGGCACAUCGUCAGGCGCUUGGAGAGAGACUUUACCCCCGUGUUCAAGCAAUGCAACCAGCAUUUGCAAGUAAAAUCACUGGCAUGCUGUUGGAGUUAUCCCCAGCUCAGCUGCUGCUGCUUCUAGCAAGUGAAGAUUCUCUGAGAGCAAGAGUAGAUGAAGCCAUGGAACUCAUUAUUGCACAUGGACGGGAAAAUGGAGCCGAUAGUAUACUGGAUCUCGGAUUAUUAGACUCUUCAGAAAAAGUACAGGAAAACCGAAAGCGUCAUGGUUCUAGUCGAAGUGUAGUAGAUAUGGAUUUAGAUGAUACAGAUGAUGGUGAUGACAACGCCCCUUUGUUUUACCAACCUGGAAAAAGAGGAUUUUAUACUCCAAGGCCUGGCAAAAACACAGAAGCAAGAUUGAAUUGUUUCAGAAAUAUUGGCAGGAUUCUUGGACUGUGUCUAUUACAGAAUGAACUGUGUCCUAUCACAUUGAAUAGACAUGUGAUUAAAGUGUUGCUUGGUAGGAAAGUCAAUUGGCAUGAUUUUGCUUUUUUUGACCCUGUGAUGUACGAGAGUUUGCGGCAACUUAUUCUUGCUUCUCAGAGUUCAGAUGCUGAUGCUGUUUUCUCAGCAAUGGAUUUGGCAUUUGCAAUUGACCUGUGUAAAGAAGAAGGUGGAGGACAGGUUGAACUUAUUCCUAAUGGUGUAAAUAUACCAGUCACUCCUCAGAAUGUUUAUGAGUAUGUGCGGAAAUAUGCUGAACAUAGAAUGUUGGUAGUUGCAGAACAGCCAUUACACGCAAUGAGGAAAGGUCUACUGGAUGUGCUUCCAAAAAAUUCAUUAGAAGAUUUAACAGCAGAAGACUUUAGGCUUUUGGUAAAUGGCUGUGGUGAGGUUAACGUGCAGAUGCUGAUCAGUUUCACCUCUUUCAAUGAUGAAUCAGGAGAAAAUGCUGAGAAGCUCUUGCAGUUCAAGCGGUGGUUCUGGUCAAUUGUAGAGAAGAUGAGCAUGACAGAACGACAAGAUCUUGUUUACUUUUGGACAUCAAGCCCUUCAUUACCAGCCAGUGAAGAAGGAUUUCAGCCUAUGCCCUCCAUCACAAUAAGACCACCAGAUGACCAACACCUUCCUACUGCAAAUACUUGCAUUUCUCGACUUUACGUCCCACUCUAUUCCUCUAAACAGAUUCUCAAACAGAAAUUGCUACUCGCCAUUAAGACCAAGAAUUUUGGUUUUGUGUAG